AUAUUUAAAAAUGCAAUUUUUACACAGAAUUACAAGCGAAACAAAAGACAGAAGUUUGAAGACUCAAAGAAUGAGUUGGAUGAUGAUGAUGAUGCUGAAAAACAAGUAAUUUCCGAAGAGGAAUUAAGUACAUCAGAUUCAAACAAUAGCUCUAAUGAGGAAGAAAAAGAUAAUGAAUUAUAUCCAAAGAAACCAAAAGAAAAAAAAAAGAAAAGAUUAUCAACUAUGCACUUACUUAAAAUGAGAAAAGAAGAAGUUACCCAUUUUCGUAGGAUCCAUAAAAUAUAUGUUUCAGGUAAUGAUGUUCCAGAUCCUAUUGAGAACUUUAAUCAGUUAGUUUCUGAUUAUGGUGUUAGUUCUUUAAUGCUAGGAAAUAUACAUAAAUUGGGUUAUGCUGCUCCUACUCCUAUACAGAUGCAAGCGUUACCCUUACUGUUACAUUUUAUAUUUUACUCAAUUAUUUUUAACGGCUUCUCAAUCAUGAUUCAUAAUCUUAAGGGUCCAGAGAAGGGCGGUGUGCGUGCUGUAAUUAUAGCUCCUACACGAGAACUUGUUAAACAGAUUUAUUCCUUUUGUGUCCAAUUAGCAGAGAGUACCAACCUUCGGACUCUUAUUAUAGAGGAUGUAAAUUCAGCCAAGAAAAAACCCAAGUUCCUUAAAAAACAUGAUAUCCUUAUCUCAACUCCUAAUAGACUUAUUUACAUGCUUCAAGAGGACCCACCAGUAAUUAGUUUGCAUAGGGUCCAAUGGCUAAUUGUUGAUGAAUGUGAUAAAUUAUUUGAAGUUGGUAAACAAGGAUUUAGAGACCAACUGGCAAUCAUCUACAAAGCUUGUGAUUCUGCAGAUGUUAAAAGAGCUAUGUUUAGUGCAACAUUUAGCCAUGAUGUUGAAGAAUGGUGCAAAAUGACUUUUGAUAGCUUAGUUUCUGUAUCAAUUGGUACUAAAAAUACUGCUGUUUCAACAAUAAAACAAGAGUUGCUUUUUGUUGGUUGUGAAGGUGGAAAAUUACUAGCUCUUCGCAACCUCAUAAAUGAGGGUUUUAUGCCUCCAGUUAUGAUAUUUGUUCAAAGUAAAGAACGUGCCCAAGAACUUUAUUCUGAACUUGUGUUUGAGAACAUUAGGAUUGACGUCAUUCACUCAGAUUUACCUCAAGAAAAGAGAGAUAAUGUUGUAAAAAAUUUCAUUGAUGGAAAGAUAUGGGUCUUGAUAUGUACAGAACUGAUGGGAAGAGGAAUAGACUUUAAAGGUGUAAAUUUAGUAAUUAACUAUGAUUUCCCUCCAACUGCAAUCUCAUACAUUCAUAGGAUAGGCCGUACAGGAAGAGCUGGUGAAGAAGGCAGAGCUGUUACUUAUUUUACUACAGACGACAUUGAAAAUUUGAGAAGCAUAGCUCAAGUGAUGAAGAAUGCUGGUUGUCAAGUUCCAGAUUAUAUAAUGAAACUUAAAAAAGGACCAAAGAAAAACAAAAGUGAACCUGUAAGGCCUAUCAAACGACAGAAAAUAUCAACUGUACCAAAAUAUGAAAUACAAAAAGAAUCUAAAAAGAGGAAACUAAUACAGGAUUCCAUUAAGAAAAAAUUUAAAAAGCAUGCAAGCAGUUGAAAGUGUACAUAUCUUAAUAUAUGUAAAAUAAAUCUGAUUUUUAUAAUAGAGUA